AUGACCACCUUCUACCUACUUUACGUUGUCCGCGCACCUGGCGUACGAUCCAAAAAAAUCAUCAGAUGGAUCUUGCUAGGCUUUGUACAAUCCAUUGUCCUAUUCAUCUGUGGUAACCGUGAGGGAUUAGACUUGACAGGCAAGCAACGGUUUUUAUUUCUGUGGGCUGGUCAAAUCUUGACUUGGUUUUUUCUCAUAUUGCGGUCGUUGCAAGAUUCAAGCUCGGAACUAGACGACUCCCUCAAGAAAAGCUGA